AUGGCUGCCAUGAUACGGGACCGCAUCAGUCCUCCAACAGACGUAAAACCUUCAUUCAAGGGCCGGAACGUCCUGGUCACGGGCAGCAACGUCGGCAUGGGAUUCGAAGCUGCUGUCAAGUUCGCUGCCCUUGGUGCGGAACGGCUCAUCCUCGGCGUCAGGUCUUUAAAGAAGGGCGAAGAUGCCAAGGCAGAGAUCGAGCGGCGAACUGGAAAGAAAGGUGUCGUGGAAGUAUGGCGACUGGAUAUGGGCGACUAUGAGAGUAUCAAGGCUUUUGCUAAACGGGUGGACUCGGAGCUGGAGCAUCUUGAUGUUGCUUGUCUGAACGCAGGCGUGGCGCAUUUCGAAUAUGAGACGAGCCAAUAUGGUUGGGAUGCGACUCUACAGAUCAACACCAUUUCGACAGCCCUGCUGAGCACUCUUCUGCUGCCCAAGUUGAAGGCAAGCAAGACUGGCGGCUCAGUUCCACUUCUACAACUUGUCAGCUCCAAUGCUCAUGUUUACGUCGCAUCGGUCAAGGAUGGAGCUCGCAAAGCAGAUUCUCCUUUGCAGUUCUACAGCGACCGCGAGAACUUCAACGGGUUUCCGCAGUACGCCAUCUCCAAGCUCUUCCUCCAGUUCGUCCAGGCUGGCCUGAUCAAGUCCUUGGGACCCGUUGAGAAGGCAGGCGUCGAGGUGGUCACGAUCUGCCCAGGCGCCACGAAGUCUACCCUGUCUCGAGACGACUUCUCCAUCGCUGUUCGGCUCCUCUUGAAACUGUUUCAAGCUAUUCUCAGGAAACCGACAGAGCAAGGAGCCAGAGUCUACAUGGUAUCUGCUGAUAUGGCAGGGAAGGGCCACGGCGGGUUCUACUCGUAUGGCAAAAUCCAGGAACCUGCAGCAACGCUCGUUGGGGUCGAAAACGAGAAGUUGCAAGAAAAGGUGUGGGAAGAUGUGCUCAAAGCCCUCCGCAAAGACGAGCCGCAAGUCGAUACAUUUCUGGCUCACAUUUGA